UCCGUCGCUUCUUCGUAGGUCCAUCCGAGGGUAAGUCGCACGUUUGUAGGUCUCAAAGGCUUGCAAUAGGUACCAUAGGUUUUGCCAGCUUGAGUUCAUCGUUGUCCCAAUAUCCUUAUCCCAGCGCCCGAUCCUCAAGGCUGUAGGCUUGAUUUAGUCCUAACGGAUUAGCCGUAACCGCUCCCGCGGUUUUUUUCCGGAAGGUGUGAAGUGCGCCAGCGCCUAGUUUCAAGGAUUCUUUCUUCGAAUGGCCGCUAUGAGGCUGUUUCUGAGUACGCAUUCGCCUCUUUGGCAUAGACUGGUUGCGUUGGUUCUCGCCCUUAGCUUCCUCGCCGUGCUAUCAUCGCCUCUCGCCAAUGCACAAGGGGUCGCCAAUACUCAAAAAUUUGCUCUCCAAGCGCUUGUUGACGCGUGGGGUCAGGCCCUGCCGCUGAGCCAGACGUGGUUCAACGCAUCGGACUGCUCGAAAUGGCUCGGUCUCACUUGCAACGCCCUUGGCGAAGUCACUUCCUUGGAGUUCUCAGGACGAGCCAAGCUGGCCGGAGCUUCGAUUCCCAACGCCGUGACUCAGCUUUCGGCUCUUCAGAAACUGGCUCUGGACCGCAACCUGCUCGUCGGCAAUAUCCCUGCUGACAUCGGAUUCUUAUCCGCACUGACGAACCUGUCCCUUGGCGGAAACGCCCUGAGUGGUGGUCUCCCAAGCAGCAUAUCCAAUCUGGUCAACCUGCAGACAUUGGAUGUGAGCUCUAACCGCCUGAUUGGAGCCCUCCCCAAUGCCUUCAACGGGCUCACUGCUCUCAGCACUCUGGCCCUCGGAUCUAAUCGGUUCUCUGGAGUUUUGCCUGCUUCUCUCUUCGACCUUUCCCAACUCCAGUCACUGCUUGUGGGAGGCAAUCAGUUCUCCGGUUUUCUUCCUAAGAGCAUCGUCGGCCUGCAGUCGCUCGUCGCAUUGGACGUUAGCCGCAAUCAGUUUUUCGGCAACCUCCCCGCCGCGGUUGGGUCCUUCACUAGCCUAGUCUUCCUUGACGUCAGCGACAACCAAUUCAGCGGGAGCCCCGUAUCCUCGUUCGCCUCUCCUUCACUCGCCAACGCCGCUCAGGCAACCUACGAUCUCAGCGGGAAUUACUUCAUCACCCCGCCAGUCCCCUACACGGCACUGUCCGCUGAAUUCUGCCCGUCGAAUCUCAAUGGCGGAUUCGCGCACGUGAAUCUCGCGCAUUUCGGCGCGUCCAGGUACAGCAGCCUGCGGGAAAAUUGCUUCCUCGGCGGAACUUGGAACGUCUUGGAAAGUUUCGCGCAGAGCAAGGUGAAGAGCAACAAGAAAGAUCCGGAGAGCCCCGCGGGGCGCAGCGGGGGGAGCGCCAGCGCGGGGACGGGCUGCAUUGUCGGCGCACAGCGGCGGGCGAUCGAAUGCGUCGCGUUUUGCGGAGCGGCGCUCCCCGCGGGUGCCUGCGGGGGUCUCGGCUAUUGCACCCUGACCGCGCCAUCCCUCACCCCCGCGUGUGUCUGUAACGACGGGAUGCACAAUGUUACCCUAUCUGUUCGCGUGGGCGGUGUUACUGUUACGUACCCUUCGUGCUCCGAGCAGCCUUCGCCGCUCCAAAGCCGGCGCUCCGCUUCCCCCCCGCCGUCGCCCCCUGACAACGACACCAUGCGGAUAAGGGAGUUCCGCGGAGCGAAACUGGAUGGUGCGGCGCAUCCAAGCGGGACGUACUAUAACGAGUAUUUCCGGUACAUGACCGUUGGGUUCUCAGGAACCACGGCGAGCCCGCAGUGGACCAUUCCGCCCUCCGUUGACUGGACGUCGCGCAUCCCCGCGGCUCUUCUCCCUGCCAAGAACCAAGGAGCUUGCUCCGCGUGCUGGAUCUUCGCCCCCGUGACAGCAAUGGAAGCAGCCUACGCCAUUGCGUACAACCUCGUGCCGCCCAGCAUAUCCGAGCAGAAGGCCAUCGACUGCCAGGGCACGUGGGCGUGCGAGGGUGGGAAGCCCAGCGACGCCUUUGACUACAUUGCUGCCAGCGGGGGUCUGCCUGCUAGUGAUACCUAUCCUUACACAGGCAGUCGCAACUCCACCUCGUGCAAGGGAGAUGACAAGGUCUCUGCGCGCUUCCAGCUCCGCCGUCUCCUCUCCGACAAAGGCUCUGCCACCACGAUCGUCACCAACUCACCCUCUGCUGAAAACACCAUCACUACCGCCUCCAUCCCCGCCCACCACUCCCGUAUGCUCGCCUCUCACAAGUCCAAGCAGCUUACCAGGCCUGUGCUUACCAAGGCCGCUGUGGGCCCUGGGGCCAGCAGCACGCCGCUUCCCCCCCACUCCAUCUCCAUGUUUGAGAGCAUUGGCAUCACUGGGUGGCUGGGCAUCACGCUGGCCGUCCAGAAGCAGCCUGUGGUGGUUUAUCUCGAGGCGCGUGCGGACUCCUUUAAGGGGUACGCGGGUGGGUUUGUGUACAACGACCCCAAGUGCUACAGCACCGGGGUGGUGGACCACCUGGUGGUGGUGGUGGGCUUUAACAUGAUGGACGCGGUGCCGUAUUGGAUCAUCCGCAACUCGUGGGGUCCGUCGUGGGGCGAGAACGGCUACAUGCGGAUUGCGAUUGCGGGCGGCGCGGGAAUCUGUGGGAUGAACACGAUGCCCGGCCUCUAUCCUGUCAUCACGACCCCUGAUCCGUGCAAGCCCAUCAACCCCUGCGGCGGCGGCACCUGCACAUCCACGCCCACCAACGAGAGCCAGCGCAACAAGUGCACAUGCCCCGCGGGAUUCGUCGCCGUCACCAACCUCGACAAGACGCAGACCUGCGCCCUAGCCAAGGUCUGCACGUUCUUUGCCAUCAACCCCUGCGGAUUCGGCACAUGUGUGGAGGACACAGACACCAAGGGCGGCUACACCUGCCUCUGCUCCGCGGGAUACACCCCCGGGUUGCUCGCUGGCGGGGCCGCCACCUGUGUCCCGGGCUCCCUGGUCACCGAAGUAGUGCUGCCUGUUGCCAUGUCCUGCGGCCUCGUUCGCACCACCUACCAGCUCUCCAAGAAGGAUUUCACGGCACUCAACCCGAAGCUCAAGUGCAGCGGUGACCUCCCUGCCGGCGCACCCAUUGUUGUCCGCAACUCCACCACCGCUGCGGCAGCACUGGGCUGUGUGGUCCCUUACAUAGUCGCCCAGGGUGACACGUGUGCAUCCAUCGCCACUCUCUUCAACGUGACCCAAGCUCAUCUCAACGGCACCAACCCCGACAUCGAGUGCAGCGCUCUCACACCUGGCCAGCAGAUCUGCAUGCAAACCGGCUCCCCGCAGCAACAGAGCUGCACCAGCUACUACACAGUCAACCCGGGAGAGACCUGCAGUGACGUCAUUAUCAACACCCAUCCUCCGAUCAGCGCCUCCCAGCUGUACCAGUACAACCCGGGGCUCAUCUGCUCCUCUGACGUGUCUCCGUCUCAUAGGCUCGUGGGACAAGAUGUGUGUGUGAGUUCCGUGGUGGUGGGAGAUGUUUACUGCGUCUACGGCAACUACACGGUGAUCCGGGGGAUACUUGUGCGGGCGUAUCGUGCAAGGCUUUCCGAUGCUCCAACAAUAUAAUGUAUUACUACAACCCUGGGUUCUAUUGCGGUACUUCUACACUUACAGUUGGCAAGGUGCUCUGCCGGCCGAAGCCAGUGUAGGGUGCAAUAGAUGUGGCACAACUGUGGAUAGGAGCUGCCUUUUGGGUGGACUCAAAGGUCAACCCGAAGCCAGUGUAGGGUGUAGUUGGUGUUGUUAACGUAAGAAUGAAUGAAUUGACUAGAAAGGGAAACACAUAACAAAUACCAGUUGGUUGUACUCACUGGAAGCACACACCUAGUCUAGCCUAUAACUUCUACAUAGAUAAUAUGUAUAGGUUGACACACCCCCUAGGCUAGAUAAGGGGUGGUGCUAAGUAAGAAGCAUGCAGCUCAGGGUGGCACUACCGUAAUCCCCCGUAUAUAAGACCCGCCGAAAUAGUCAGCCCAUGGGUGGCAUAUGCGGGGGAUAGCUUAUGAUAUGGCGCAUUUUUG